AUGUUUGGUGCCCCAAACGGACUGUGUUCGUCCAUCACCGAAUCCAAACACAUUAAGGCUGUCAAAGAGCCAUGGCGCCGUUCCAACCGUUAUAAUGCACUUGGGCAAAUGCUACUCACAAACCAAAGGCUUGACAAACUUGCAGCCUCACAAGUCGAUUUUAUAGAGCGUGGCAUGCUCUCUGGAAAUAUUCUGAGCCCUCAGGCUGCUGUAGAAGGCGGCGUCAAUAUCAACAGUGGUGAUCUUGAAAGCAAUCCGGUUUCAGGGGGGCCACCUACUGUGACACAUGUUCAGCUUGCUCGAACUCGAAAGCAAGGAUAUGCACGGACACUGGACCAACUAGUGAAGCAGCUUGACCAGCCAAGGCUGGUCGAGCUUGUCCAAAGAUUUCUAUAUAAUCAGCAACAUCUACAUGAUCCUGAUGCACCAUGCACAGCCAAUGUCGCCCUUUCUAAUUGUCCAGCUGGGUCACUCAAUGCAAAGAUAUCGGUAUUUCACUCAGCUACAGCCAUGUUCUAUGCCCCAAGUGAUGAAAGUGGACUCGGAGGUAUGCAUUGA